CACGCACAGUUGGAUUCUGAGGGUAUCAACGUUUCUGGCCUAUCGGAACUCACGAUCAUGCCAUCGGCUAGCUUAAAGAGUGAUCGAAAAAAAGUAAUCAUUGGCGGUAUAACGCUGGUUCUACAAACUGCAGCUGAAGCUCUUAAGUUGGCCCCGGUUCCGGGUCUUGACGCAAUUCCGAAUUUACUUCUGACAUGGCUCCAGCGCGUGAAAUUGCCAAGAGGAUAAACGGUGUGAAGGCGUGUAUAAAUGAUGCCCUUAACUCGUUUGCGGCGCAGGCAACUACUUUAACGCUUCUUCGCACAAUUGAAGCAUCGGUGAAAUCACAACUUGAACAACUUCCUCGAGUUGCAGCCGAGCAUACCUAUGUGAAGAGCAAGUCAAAGUGUCUUCCAAGCACACGAGUUCAAAUACAAACAUCCCUUCUCAAUCAUCUGAAGCGGGCCGGAAACCGAUUUGUAUGGCUCCAUGGGUCUCCUGGCACCGGGAAGACAGCGGUAUCUAUGAGCAUCGCAUCGAUGCUUGAGAAGGAAGGUACUCUUGCAGCCUCUUUCUUUUGGGACAAAAAUCAAAAGGGGACGGGCCUCGAUUCUCUGGAGAAGUUUCCUUCUACACUGGCACGUCAACUUGCGAUCUUCAAUGGGGACUUCAAGGUCUCGCUCAUCAAAUGCCUUCGACAGCCAAAUUCGGAGUUGGUUCUGAGUCUUCCUCUGGAGGAGCAAAUGAGGACUUUGGUUCUCGAGCCGAUGAAUGGUCUCAAGGGCAUAAUGUCCGCAAGCGAGAAACGCUUCACCAUCGUCUUGGAUGGUUUAGAUGAAUGUGGGGAUUCAGUGGCACUUGGGACACUUAUGAGCCUCGUACUUUUGCUUGAGGAGCUGCCUUCAACGUUUUCCAUACUGGUCAGUUCUCACCCUGAAUCUCAAGUUGUUUCGGCUUGGGAUAAAUCUCGGAAUCGGGGCCGUGUCAUCUCAUGUGAAGACAUGGAUAAGGUUGCACCAGAUGAGACUUUCGAUACGAUCCGGAUUAUGGUAACAGAUGGGCUUAGGGGUUGCAUUGGGGAGUCACAGUGGAAACCAUCGACGGACGAUCUUGAUGCCUUCACUCUGGCUUGCCAUGGUUUGCCUGUCAUGGCCUCGAUCCGGAUACGGGAAGUUCAGGUUCGGACUCAAAGGGGUUCUGUCCUCAAACUAGAGUUUCAAUACUUCCUCGACCUCCAAGAUGCGUCCAAGGAUCUCAAUGAGGAGUAUCUGCGAAUAAUGCGGCGAGCCUUUAGGCCCAACGUGGCAAGCAUCCCUUCACAUGUAGUGAAUAAUUAUCGCCAAGUAGUUGGGAUGGUUGUUGCUGCGCAAGAACCACUCAGUGUUUACAGCAU